CGCUCCAUUUGCUAGAUUCUCCGCGGAAUGAGUUAUUACGGACAGGGUUAUCCGGGACCAGGUGGUAACGCUCCCCAACGCCACCCCGCUCCAGGGGCGCCGUAUGGAGGUGGUCCUGCUGGCGGGCAGUAUGGUUCGCAUUAUGGCAGUGCCUCUUUUGGGCAACAAUAUGGUGGAGGGGCUCCUUACGGGUCUCAUGGUCAACCGGGACCAGGAGCGGCGUACGGUGGGGGCCAAGCUCCUGGUGCUCCAUACGGAGGUUAUGGACAACCCCAGAGAGGACCAUAUAGUCAGCAGGCACCUGCAGGUAACAUUCCUCCCGGUGUGAAUCCUGAGGCCUACCAGUGGUUUUCUUCUGUGGACACAGAUCAUAGUGGCUACAUUAACGGAAAAGAGCUGAAGCAAGCGCUCAUGAAUUCCAACAACUCUGCUUUCAAUGACGAAACCUGCAUUAUGAUGCUCAAUAUGUUUGACAAGACCAAAUCCGGACGCGUAGAUGUCUAUGGUUUCUCUGCACUGUGGAUGUUUCUGCAGCAGUGGAGGGCAAUGUUCCAACAGUUCGACCGGGACCGAUCGGGAUCAAUUAACAGCAAUGAGAUGCACCAGGCAUUAUCUCAGAUGGGCUACAAUCUGAGUCCUCAGUUUAUUCAGGAACUGGUGAACCGUUACUCUGCACCCGGUGUGAACGGGGUUCUCCAGCUGGACCGCUUCAUUCAGGUGUGCACGCAGCUCCAGAGCAUGACCCAAGCCUUCCGAGAGAAAGACACCGGCAUGACUGGCAAUGUGAGGUUGAGUUACGAAGACUUCCUGUCUAGUGCUGUUAUCAGACUGAUGUAAAGAACUGCAUGAGCAAUUCAGAUGACCUGACUCUGAAUGUGUGGCACGACACUUCAACCUCUCAACAGUGCCUUUUACUGCAGCUCAGCCUGAUUUGUUCAAAUAUAGCACUCAUCGCAAAAGUCUACCACACAUAUGUAAUCCAGUUAUUCAAGACUAAACUAAUGCCAAAAUUAUCAGUGGUACGCCAUUAGCUAUGCAACAAGCACUAUUUACUAAUUAAUGGGUGUUUGUCAUGGAAGUAUGAAUAUUUUAGAUUUUCUUUUUGAUUUUAUAAAAAUUAACAUUUCUGUUAUUUUUGAAUAU